AUGAAAGUGACAGUGACGCAGCUACUGAAUGGCUGCAUCAUAGUCGAUGCAGGAGUCUCACUAGCCAACACCAGCCGCUGGAAAGAUUUCGUGGCAAAUCAGGGUGCUGCAAGGGGCGUCAGCCUAGUUGACAACCUGCAGCCGUAUAUGGUUGGAUAUAUUGAUUACAUUACUUGUGAUUCCAACAACUACUCCCUCAUUGUGAGAAUGGGCAACAAGUCUUUUGAGUACGACUACAGGGAAAGUAUAUGCAGUAUUACUCAUGCUAGUAAUAUCGCAUAUAACAGACCCACACAAGCAUGCGAAAACCAAACUAUUACGAUUAGUUUGUCUGCUCCUGGUAAUAUGAGCGCACUGUGA